CACACUCCUCGCAGCGCACCGGCGCUCCAGUGUCCCAGGCCCGGCCGGCGCGGAGAGCAUGGCGGGCGCGGGUCCGAAGCGGCGCGCGGUAGCGGCCCCGGCGGCCGAGGAGAAGGAGGAGGCGCGGGAGAAGAUGCUGGCGACCCAGGCUGCGGACGGCGCGGCCCCGGCGGGCGCGGGGGAGGGCGAGGGUGUGACCCUGCAGCGGAGCAUCACGCUGCUCAACGGCGUGGCCAUCAUCGUGGGCACCAUCAUCGGCUCGGGCAUCUUCGUGACGCCCACGGGCGUGCUCAAGGAGGCGGGCUCGCCGGGGCUGGCGCUUGUGGUGUGGGCCGCGUGCGGCGUCUUCUCCAUCGUGGGCGCGCUGUGCUACGCCGAGCUGGGCACCACCAUCUCCAAGUCGGGCGGCGACUACGCCUACAUGCUGGAGGUCUACGGCUCGCUGCCCGCCUUCCUCAAGCUCUGGAUCGAGCUGCUCAUCAUCCGGCCCUCCUCGCAGUACAUCGUGGCCCUCGUCUUCGCCACCUACCUGCUCAAGCCGCUCUUCCCUACCUGCCCGGUGCCCGAGGAGGCUGCCAAGCUCGUGGCCUGCCUCUGCGUCUUGCUGCUCACGGCCGUGAACUGCUACAGCGUGAAGGCCGCCACCCGGGUCCAGGAUGCCUUCGCCGCCGCCAAGCUCCUGGCCCUGGCCCUGAUCAUCCUGCUGGGCUUCGUCCAGAUCGGGAAGGGUGAUGUGUCCAAUCUAGAUCCCAAGUUCUCAUUUGAAGGCACCAAAUUGGAUGUGGGGAACAUUGUGCUGGCUCUAUACAGCGGCCUCUUUGCCUACGGAGGAUGGAAUUACUUGAACUUUGUCACAGAGGAAAUGAUCAACCCCUAUAGAAACCUGCCCCUGGCCAUCAUUAUCUCCCUUCCCAUCGUGACGCUGGUGUACGUGCUGACCAACCUGGCCUACUUCACCACCCUGUCCACCGAGCAGAUGCUGUCAUCGGAGGCCGUGGCUGUGGACUUCGGAAACUAUCACCUGGGUGUCAUGUCCUGGAUCAUCCCCGUCUUCGUGGGCCUGUCCUGCUUCGGCUCAGUCAAUGGGUCCCUGUUCACCUCCUCCAGGCUCUUCUUUGUAGGGUCUCGGGAAGGCCACCUACCCUCCAUCCUCUCCAUGAUCCACCCGCAGCUCCUCACCCCCAUGCCGUCCCUUGUGUUCACGUGCGUGAUGACGCUGCUCUACGCCUUCUCCAAGGACAUCUUCUCUGUCAUCAACUUCUUCAGCUUCUUCAACUGGCUCUGCGUGGCCCUGGCCAUCAUCGGCAUGAUCUGGCUGCGCUACAGAAAGCCCGAACUGGAGCGGCCCAUCAAGGUGAACCUGGCCCUGCCCGUGUUCUUCAUCCUGGCCUGCCUCUUCCUGAUUGCCGUCUCCUUCUGGAAGACCCCUGUGGAGUGUGGCAUCGGCUUCACCAUCAUCCUCAGCGGGCUGCCCGUCUACUUCUUAGGGGUCUGGUGGAAAAACAAGCCCAAGUGGCUUCUCCAGGGCAUCUUCUCCACGACCGUCCUGUGUCAGAAGCUUAUGCAGGUGGUGCCCCAGGAGACAUAGCCCGGAGGCCAGGAGGCUGCGGAGGAGCACACAGAGCCCCGAGCCCACGCCAGUUCCCCGCCGUCCACAGCUCAGCCGCGCACCCAGCGUCCCUCGCUGUCCCUCCCAGGUCAGGCAGCCGAGGCUGCUGUGGAAACUCUGGUACGAAUCUACGAAUCUCGUCCCUCAAGUGAGGUCCGCCUUGGGACCCAGGCGGGGCCUGCGCUCCUGCCAGGAGCGGCUUCUGGGUCCUUUUCCUCCUUUGUUUACUUGUUUUAACUUAAAUUCUGGGUCAAGUCGACACCACUAAGAUGAUGUUUGAAGGGGCUCGGAGGGCAAAAGCCUUCCUGUUUCCCCUUUCUCCCCUUUUUCCUCCCGCACACCAAGUACCAGGGACCAGAUCACUGUCCCUGGGCGAACAGAGCUACUGAGCCGUGGAACCUCAUCGUGACCGCAGACCUGCACUGAUGGCCGGACAGCCGGCCCCACACACACGUGCUUGGCUUCUUCAUUUUUUUAUGGUUAUAAAUGCGGCGACAUUCUUAAAAACCGCCCCAUGGGCUUAUGUCUCUCUGCCUUAAAGACCCAAGAUAGGAGCCUCCCCGCCAGUCCCAGAAGAGACACGGCCACUGCAGAGAGGGUUUGCAGAGCAGAAACUCAGCCAUAGGGCAGCACCAGGGUGGAGCUGCCUGGAGUGGGUCGGGUGGGGGGCCGGGCAAGGUAAAGGAUCCAGGGUGGGUGAUUCCGGGGGUCCUCCCAGGAGGUGCUUCAGGCCUGUUGGACUCCUGAGACACCAUCCUAAGCCGGUGAGCAGCCCUGGGGAGUGGGCGUGCUGGCAUCCCCGCCAGCGCCCACCCUGGGCCCCACGCAGCAAUGUCCCCAGCCUGAGGUUGCCGCUGCCCUCAGGCUCCAAAGUACUGGCCUCUCUGCCACCCAGCACCCCACAGCAGCCCCUUCCGGCUGGGGCUGGGUUCCUGCUCCUGGCCGAGGCACCUCCUCGCCCUUCCUGUCACCCUCACGGCCUGUCCUGGUCCUGGAGACAGUGUCAGGCACGGCUCACCUCUCUGCGGCCUGCAUCCAGAGGCCCCCGGACGCUCACUUGGCCCUCACCCCCUGUGGAGAGGCGGAACUAGCAGCCCGUGUUUUCUUUGUUCCUGUUUCUUCCCUGGGGGAGGCAGCUGAGGCCUGGCCGACUCGGCCCACUUUCCUGAGCUGUCUCUGCCUCUGUGGAAGCAGGAGGGGCCCACAGAACAAGAAUACCGCCCUGCAAGGCUCCUCCUGAGCUCUGAGGGGGCUCUGCCUCCUCAGCCACCUGCUUCUCCCCAGCGCUCAGCUGUGGCUGGAGGAGCAGCCCUGUGGCACAGCCCCAAGUCCCCCAAGCCAGAAGGCCCUGGAGCAGGCUGGACACAGCUUUGCUGACCAGCUUGCUCAAGCCGCCAGCUCUGAGCAAGUGCCCGGUGGAGCCUGCCACCCUCUGCCUGGCACCAACCCCCUCACCAUCCAGUGGGCCCACAGAAACCUGAUGAACAGUUUGGGGUCCUGGGCCAGAUGUCCAUCUCUCCUGCUCAAGGAAUGAAGACCUUUAUUCCAGAGCCCAGGGACCCGUCCAGCCCUGGCACCCUGCUUCCAGCUGUACAUGGACUGGCUGCCAGUGUCUGCUCGUAGGAACUGCAUCUUUUCUGGGGCCCAAGGGAUCAGCCCACUGUCUGGAGGCCGAGGACCGGCAGCAGCAGAUGAACUGACUCUACUGGAUGAGACGACACCAAGUCCCUCCCGACCUGUUGUCCUGGCCGCAGAUAUGGACAGAGCUGGUGUCCAGCCUGCCUGGAGGGCGCUUGUGUGAACCCAGGAGGCAGUGAACGUUGGAGGCAGUCGCGGCCCUCGAGACCGGGGAGGUGCUCCCUGGACGCACCCACCACUGGGAGCGUUCCACUGGGGCCGGCAGGGCCUGUGCGGGUGUCUGCGCUUCCUGCCCCCAGUGGGGGCCUUGGGAUCCCGUUCUGUUGCAGCCUCCUGCUCUGGAGGUGGACAUGCCUUAAGGACGCAGGAGCUAGUGGCCUGCCCAUGAGACACGCUUGCCUGUUGGCUGCUGCGGCCGUGGGCAACAUGGGGGCUGCCCGUGUCUGUGGCGGAAAGUAGCUCCUUAGUGAAAUCACAGCAGCCGCUGGGGUCCCUCUUCACACUGCAGAGUCUCCCAGGCAUCUGGGUUGUGAGGGGGAAGAACUCCACAGAAGGUCAUGGGGGGGUUGUCCAGUCUGAUCCUUGGUGCUGUGUCCCCCAACCCAGCCCAGGGACCCCAAUUCAGAAGGCAAGGGCCGUGUCCGCUCCCCCUCCUGCCGUGCUGGAACUCCGCAGGGGGCCAGGGCCACCACAGGGGCUGUCUCAGAAGACUUCCCUUUUCUCCAUACUCCACCGACAAAUGCCACAGUGGUUUUCGCUCGUGGGUCUCGCGUGUUUUAGAGCACACCCACCAAGACAAGCAACGUUUUCAGUCGUUUCGCCUUUUUUGUGUUGUGCUAACGUCUUACUAAUUUAAGAUGCUGUCGGCACCAUGUUUAUUUAUUUCCAGUGGUCUCGCCCAGCCUUGCUGCUCUGCGUGGCACAGGUGCCACGCCUGCUCCCUGUCUGUGUCCCAGCCACGCAGGGCCAUCCACUGUGACGCCGGCCAAGCAGGCCGGACACCCUCUGCCGAGUAAUGACGUGUGUGGCUGGGAUGUCUUUUAUUUUGUGUUAAUGGCUAACCUGUUACAUUGGGCUGGGCUGGGCAAGGCAUUCUGGCUUUUUUGUGGGGUUUUUGUUUUUAAAGAAACACUCAAUCAUCCUACGACUGAC